AUCUUUUCCGCAUCUUCGUCCAAUUUCCGCUGUCGAUCCAUCAGAGUUUUCCCAUUGCUUCACGCCGUCACUAUGAUAAGCAGCUCUGCAAGCGUCUCCUGGGGUACGCAGGCAGCCUGGCAGGGAGGAACACCGCCGUCGGCCGCCCGUCAAGGCUGCACAUUCGACCCCAUGAAGCCGGAAAGGUCGAGCCGCCCGAAUUCAUAAUGCUCAGCGGCCGCAGCAAGCAGGCUGGUAAGAUUACCUCCGGAGCCCAAAGUGGUUGAUCAGUAAUAUGGAUAAAAAGUCGACGACACUCCCUUUCUGGCCAGCAAGCUUCACCAUCGCAGCUUCCCUUCAUUCAGGACACCCUCAUUCGCCCCCCUACCACCGGACUCGGCACGGCUCAUGCCGCAGGGCAAGAUAUUAUAUCCCAGCUGAUUCUUCACCACCACUACAAAAUGGCGAGAAUAGUCCUCCUUGCUCAGACGGCCUUGUCCAUCUUCACAGCGGUUCAUGCGGCUCGAGCUGAGCUUCCGGGCGUCGCUUCAUUCGUCGUGCCCUCCGCUUUUCCGACUUCAGUCUUCCCGAGCUACUAUGUCAAGCCUGCACCAACAACAGAGCCUCAGCCUGCUUUAUAUGACGAUGUCUUGAACAUCACCUAUCCACUCAAUCUCACUGACCCGAAGACAGUUCCUACUGCGGACCUUGAUCCAGUCUAUUACCCGCCAGGUCUGGGCCUCAACAAUACCACCUCCGAGUCCUUGGUCCAACUUGCUUUGGCUGAGAUCAAAAGCAUCAUCCACGACGUCGGGGGUCUCUCUGGAAAUUGCUCCAAAUGUAUUGCUGCACUCAGCGUUGGGAAAUUCCUGGCUCAAUCUGCACCUGAAUACGUUCCCGAUGCACUGAUCUCUCUUUGCCAAUCUACAGCAUUUGCAUCGAAUACAUCAUGCAAAAAUACAUAUACAGCUGGGAGCUAUGGAGCAAUUUGGACUCAAGUGCUCGCACUUGCAGAUGUCACGGGACUUGACGGGCAAUACAUCUGCAGCACUCUUAGUACCUCGUUCUGCGCUGUUCCGUCUACCAGUCCGUUGAAUACAACAGGCUUGUUUCCGAAACCAAAGCCCAAGAGGUACUCAGUCCCAAAACCGAGUGGAAAGCGAGUCAAGGUUCUCCAUCUGUCUGAUUUACACCUCGAUCCCAGGUACUUAGUUGCGUCCGAAGCCAACUGUACUUCCGGUCUCUGCUGCAGAUACUCCACUUCGGCGCCCACCUCUCAAGCGGUAUUUCCAGCGCCACUUUACGGUGCAUACAGAUGUGAUACUCCGUACACUUUGGGUCUAGCUGCUCUCCAAUCAAUCGGAGCCUUGACUGGCACUGGCUCAGCAAAUGCCGCCCCAGCCUGGACAGUUUACACUGGAGAUCUUGUAUCCCACGAUCCUCAGAACCAACUCUCACGUGCGUACGUCGAGUACACCGAGACCAGCAUCUUCGACAUGUUCAAAAGUUACAUUAAGGGACCUGUCUUUGCAGUUCUUGGUAAUCAUGAUUCUAGUCCGGAAGCCAUCAAUGGGCCACAUAGCAUGCCCGGCCCGCUUGGAAAACAAUUCAGUUAUAACUUCGAUCACGUAUCUGCACUUUGGAAGAACAAUGGAUGGAUCGACGAAGCAACAGCAAACCAGUCAGCACUCCAUUAUGCCGCAUACUCCGUCAAAAAUCAGUACGGUCUGAGGAUCAUCACUCUCAACACUGACUUCUGGUUCAAAACAAACUACCUCAAUCUCAUUAAUACUACCGAUCCAGACGUUUCGGGAACGUUCAAGUUCAUGAUCGACGAGCUUCAGGCUGCUGAGGAUGCCGGCGAGCGAGUUUGGAUCCUCGGUCACGUUUUGAGCGGUUGGGAUGGAUCGAACCCACUCGCGAACCCCACUGACCUGUUCUACCAAAUUAUUGAUCGCUACUCCCCGCACGUCAUCGCGAAUACGCUCUGGGGCCAUACUCACGAAGACCAAGUCAUGAUCUACUACGCCAACAACGGCACCGUGCGCAACUCUAGUACUGCCCUCACAUCGGGUUGGAUCGGGCCCUCGGUCACGCCUCUGACGAAUCUCAAUUCCGGGUUCAGGAUGUAUGAAGUUGACACCGGAAAUUUCGAGAUAUAUGAAGCGUACACUUUCUACUCGGACGUCAACUCAUACUCGGCUCUGGAUUCCACCGGCCCAACCUUCAGAUAUGAAUACUCCACUCGAGAAGCAUAUGGAAAGGCGGUGGGGUGGCCAGCAGAUGCCCCGCUCAAUGCUACAUUUUGGCACGGACUAACUGAGGCGAUGGAGAAGAAUAAGACCCUUGUGACGACUUUCAACACAUAUCAAGGCAAGAUGAGCGUCAGGAGUCCUAACUGCACUAGUGACGCCUGUGCUGCUGCGAAGAUCUGUUAUAUGAGAUCUGGAAGCACGGCAUUAGGGAAGCAGUGUCCGCAGGGAUUUGCUUCAGUUCAGAGCCCAUACACUGGGAAAAAUUUCUAGGUGACGGGCUAUCAGCUAUGCUUUGGCAACUAUUAAGUAAUGAAUAAUGAAAGUUUUCACAACC